CAGCAUCGGCUAAUGUCACCCAAAUCAGCCGAUUAGCAUCCUGACCGGUGACUCUUCCUUCCUUUCUGUUCUUCCUGUCCACGUCCAGGUCGCCGCCGCUCGUCCAUCACCGCCUCCCCUGAUCCCCUGCUUCCCAGCCUCGCGAUCCGGCCUUCACUGGCUCUUCUCCCACUUCUCUCUGUCCCACUCGCCGAUCGGCCUCUGGCACCGGCGCCGGCGCCUUCUUCUCCCCUCCCCACUCUUUUAUCGCGGCGGCGGCGCCACCACCGAGCAAGCUGUGAUUCGCCGUGGCGCCCCUGACACGCGCGGAAACGGUUGCACGCCUCGGAGCGAGGAGUCCCCUCUCCCUCACGCGACGGUUCCCGGGCCUCCCGGCGAAGAACCUGGUCGGUCGUCGUCCCCGCCGCCGGAGCUGCUCAUGUUGGACCCGAGAUCCGAAAUCUACCCCACUAUAGAGUAUCGGCCUAUCCAACCCUCCGACCUCGAAGCUCUAGAGAAGAUUCAUCUCGCUCUCUUUCCCAUAAGGUACGAGAGGGAGUUCUUCUUGAAUGUUGUGAGCGGCCAUGGUAUUGUUUCCUGGGGCGCUGUGGACACCAGCAGGUCAGACGACCGCAGGGAUGAGAUAAUAGGUUUUGUAACCACGAGGAUGAUCGCGGCAAAAGAUAGCGAGAUUGAGGACUUGUUUAGGUAUAACAGUUCACGCAAAGAUCUAACACUUGUGUAUAUAUUGACGCUGGGUGUGGUGGAUAGCUACAGAAACCUUGGCAUAGCAUCGUCGCUGGUUCGAGAAGUGGUUAAAUAUGCAGCAAGUAUAUCAAAUUGCAGAGGUGUUUAUUUACAUGUCAUUUCAUACAACCAGCCUGCUAUCAGCUUUUAUAAGAAGAUGCUAUUUAAGCUAGUCAGAAGGCUUCCAAUGUUUUACUACAUAAGAGGACAACAUUAUGACUCGUACUUGUUUGUGUACUAUGUGAACGGUGGUCGUUCGCCUUGCUCACCACUGGAGAUUGUAACUUCAUUUGUUGUUGACUUCAGGGCUUUCGUGAAGAUGCUGGUUGCCAAGUUCUGGAGCAAAGAGGACCAUUGUGGUCCGAGAUGGGCCAGAUGUCAGGAAUCCAACACCCUCUUGGCGCCACAGAGCAAUAAGCGGAUCAUCAGCGGUGAUAGUACCAGAUGUCAUGUCUAAUUUUAGGUGCUGUGACGAUGUUUUCUCCUGUUUUUUUUCUUGGGAAACUGGAGUUUCUUGAAACAGUCACUUGCGAUGCUGUUGUACACUUCUGACACGAGUACAUAAUUUCUCAAUAGUUAUAGUCACAUUUAUUGUAAAGAGAGGAAAGGAGAAGUUAAACUGUCAUCUGCUUCUGGUAACGUUGGCCUUGCAAUGUUGAAAUGUUGUGUUGGUUGAACUGAAGCAAAUCUUUUGGUUUGUAUGGCAUAUUAGAUGAAUAUCAGAAGUACCUUUCACUGUUUUAAAAUAA